CGAGGCUCUGCGCAUGCGCCGUCUCCUAGCCUCUAUGGAUGCGUUUCCGUUUCGCGGGGCCCUUCCAGGCGAGGCUCGAGGGGCCUCUGUGCGCCACGGUUGCCUGGGGCCUUCUGGGAGCUACAAAAGAAGCGAGGUUUCCCCCGAGUCAGAGGAAUACUGGGUGGCGACUCCGGGGCAGGAUCAGAGGAACCCAGCGCCUUCCUGGAGCCCGCGGAGACUCACGCGUGUUCAGGGGCCGGGCGAAGCUAUCGGGUGUCCCGGGGCUGUAGGCCUCCGGGCGGGCAGCCUGGGAAGGAAGCCCUUCAGUCACCAGUGGUUCCUGGCCCUUUCUUGAGAACGCCUGAAAAUGGACAAUACCCAGAGAUCAGUCUCCUUCAAGGACUUGACUGUGGACUUCACCCGUGAGGAAUGGCAAUGUCUCGGCCCUGCGCAGCGUCUCCUGUACAGGGAUGUGAUGCUGGAGAACUACAGCAACCUCAUCGCGGUGGGGUUUCAUGUUAGCAAACCAGAUGUGAUCUUAAAACUGGAGCGAGGAGAAGAGCCCUGGAUGGUGGAGGACUCGUCACAACAGAGCCACGCAGAAGAUGAUCCCUUAGAGACUAAGGACAAGAUAACACAGGACAAGCAUUUGAAGCAGUUUUCAGUCGUCAAUAACAAAAUGACGCCAGAAAAGGCCAUUCUGUGUGAGAAGACGGUUGCUCUUGACAUGAAUACUGUUUCUUCAGGAAAAAUGCUCUAUAAAUAUGAUCCGGGUGGAAAUGGCUUAGAAAAUAAUUCAGAAGAAACUGUGGCAAAGCCAAGCAAAGCCAGUGGACAGGUAGCUGGUGAGCAGGAUGGGCGUGGGAAGCCAGCGCUCCACACGAAGGCAAAGCGGUACAGGCAUCACGAGGUCAGGGAUGUCAAGAGUCAAGGUGAGGCUCUCACUCAACAACAGAAUCUGCAGUCUGCAAGUCAGCCCUCUGAACAUAAUGAAGGUGAGCAGAAGUCAGCCAGUGCUGCGGGGACAGAGGAGCAGUCUGAGCGAAAACGGAAUGAGUGUGCCGAGUGUAGGAAAACCUUUUCGAAGAGGUCCACGCUCAUUGUCCACCUGAGGAUCCACACAGGAGAGAGACCCUAUGCCUGUAAUUACUGCAGGAAAACGUUCCGUAUAAAGGCAAGUCUCACUCGGCACCAACGAAUCCACACCGGGGAGAGGCCUUAUAAGUGUAAGGAGUGUGGCAAAGCCUUCAUCGACAAAUCCGCCCUCAUCGUGCAUCAGAGGAUCCACGGCGGGGAGAAAUCCUACGAGUGUAACGAGUGUGGCAAGACCUUCUUCCGGAAGUCAGCCCUGGCUGAGCAUUUCAGAUCCCACACCGGGGAGAAGCCUUACAAAUGCAAGGAGUGUGGGAAUGCCUUUGGCAAGAAGUCGUACCUCAUCGUGCACCAAAGAACUCACCGGGGCGAGAAGCCCAACGAGUGUAAGGAGUGUGGGAAAACCUUCUUCUGUCUGUCCGCCCUGACAGCACACCAGAGGAUCCACACAGGGGAAAAGCCCUACGAGUGCAAGGAGUGUGACAAAACCUUCUUCUGUCAGUCGGCCCUCAACGUGCACCUGAGGAGCCACACCGGCGAGAAGCCCUACAAGUGCCGCCUGUGCGGAAAGUACCUGUGCACUAAGUCUGCCCUGGUCGCGCAUCAGGUGAUUCACAGAGGCAAGAAGACCUUCGAAUGUAGCGAGUGCGGGAAGCUUUUCUACCUGAAGUCCACCCUCACCAUCCAUCAGAGGACUCACACAGGCGAGAAGCACGGCGGCGGCCUUAGUAAGUGGAGCCGACCGUCCGCUGUGAAGCCCAGCUGCGGGGAGCAGAAAAGAGUGGAGGCAAAGGAGAGUGUGCACGAGUGUCAUGAUCACAAGCGAGCAGCCCACAAGGGCUCACGGCGCUUCGCACACAAGAGAACCAUAUGGGAGAGGCCUUACGAGUGUGAGGAGUGCGGGCGGACCUACUGCCGGAAGUCGGCUCUCAGGCACCACCAGAAGACACACACGGGCGAGAGGCCCUACGAGUGUAAAGAGUGCGGGAAGACCUUCUGUCAGAAGGUCUCCUUCACCGAGCAUCAGCGAACUCAUACUGGGGAGAAGCCACACAAAUGCAAGGAGUGUGGGAAGUCUUUCCGCCACAAGUCAGCGUUCACAGUGCAUAAGAGAAUCCACACAGGAGAGAAGCCGUACGCAUGUAACGAGUGUGGGAAAAGCUACCGCCGGCUCUGGACUCUGACCGAACAUCAGAAAAUACACACAGGGGAGAAACCCUACGAAUGUAACAUGUGUAAGAAGUCAUUUCGACACAAAUCAAACUUCCUUUUACAUCAGAAAACUCACAAGAAGUAAAUUCCACCAAGGCAACAGAUCAUUUACGUGAUGCUCAAGGCCUGAAUUACACAUAAAGGUGUGAGCCUUGGAAGGUUUUCUGCCGACGUCAGCCCUGCCUGGAACUCCAGAGAGCUCACACAGGCGGGCGGCAUACAGAGUUUGUUCUAUGGAUGUCAGACUUUCAGUGUUAACUCUGAAGACAUCCGGCAUUUCAGACAUUACACCAGGUGUGCCUGCCUCCCUUUCAAAUCAUUGAACACACACUAAUUCCUACCCGGUUGCCCUCCACAGUUAAUUUGCAUAGCUUAUGUUGUCAGCUGUAAGGAGCCAGUGUUGAUUCCAGAUCAUUACCAGUUGUUCCUGUGAUAACUGAGUAGUGUCUGUUUAUGAGUUUACAGUAUUAACAGCUCAGACUACACAACCUGUUCGUCCUCUGCCCCUGCUGUCUAGUGGCAGGCCCUAAGCCCUUUAUCUGCAAAGGUGAGUCAGACGAACCACCUUUACUUCCCUACCUGUAGCGACUCCCAUGCACGAGUGAGCAUUUGCUAAAGCUGAGUCAUCGGAGUGUUCUAAUGAGAGGCACAAGGUGGCUUGUGAGUGCCUCCUUGAGCUUCCACGGAAGCCACGAAAAGAGCGACUGCAGUUACCAUAGCCAACCAAAAAUGAAUGAAGCAGAUUUGAAUAAUGAAGAGGAUCUGGGGAGUGUUUGAGUCAAAAUAGUGUUGGUGUCACUUGUGUUUUAAUAGUGUUGGUGUCAUUUGUGUUUUCAUAGUGUUGGUGUCAUUUGUGUUUUAAUAGUGUUGGUGUCAUUUGUGUUUUAAUAGUGUUGGUGUCAUUUGUGUUUUAAUAGUGUUGGUGUCAUUUGUGUUUUAAAUACCUCGGUUCUAUUAGUGGUUUGAUUAUGUCAGUGUUUUCAAAAACAUCUUGAUUUUUUUUUUUUAAUGAACAUGUCCAUAGGGGUAUGAUUUAGAAUUUACCUGUCAGCUUCUGAGAAAUUGUCUCCGUAGUGCCAAAUAGAAUCACACAGUGUGGAUGUGUGCAGCUGGCCGCAAUGCCUGCCAUUCAUGGUGGGUAAUGUCGGGUCCUGGUAGCCAGCUGCAAGUGGAAUUUUCCACAAACCCAGCCCCUCUCUCGGAUGAGCUGUGCUUUUCCUGGGACAAGGAAGUGGAUUUAUUUCAUUGACAAAACAGAGAAGGGCCACUGGGUAUCUUGUCAUGGGCCUUGCCUGUGGCUAAGCCGGCAAAGCAGCCCUUGGGUGGCCACAGUGGAUUGCAGUGUGCAGCUUAGUCUUGAUAAUGAGUGUCACUCUGACCUGUCUACUGCCUCUGCUUGUGACGUUGGGCUUUCAGGUGGGAAAAGCUGCCCCUUGUUUGAGACCCAUCAGAAAUCCCAGUAUGAACAAGAUGAUCUGUUUAUUCAGUUUGUGUUUUAUAUCCUUCAGUAAGGUAAAUACGUAUUUGUGAAUGCACAUGUACUUGAUAUAUACUAAUAUAUACUGAAACAGGAAUAUAUGUAUAUAUCAAUAGUAAUCUCCUGAAAAUUUUAAAAAUUACUUAAAAGAUUUGGUUGCUAUUGCAAAUACAAUUUUAUCAUCUGUUUUAAAAAUUACUUACUGAUAGAGGCCUGAUAAGGAUUAGCAAGCAAAGGUGCUUGCUGGAGGGCCUGAUGACCUGAGUUCAAUCCUUAGGUCCCACAUAAUAGUAGACAACUGAUUUUCUUACAAGUUACCCUGACUUCCACAAGUGUGAUAUGGCAUGCAUACAUACAACAAAUGCAUUCAUACAUAUACCCAUACACACACACACACACACACAUACACACACACACACAUACAUACAAAUAAAUAAAUAAAAACAAAUAAGAUUUAAAGUGUUUUUAAAACUCACCGAUAUGCAUCUUAAGCAUUUUUACCACAUUCGUCAGAGUGCAUUCCUCAUACUUACCUUGCUUUGCUUGAUCUUAUAAAACUCUCAGCUCCUUGUAGAGGACGCUGGUGAGCCGUCUUGUGAAGGUAAUUUCGCUCUUUGAAGAUCUGGACCCUCGCUGUCUUCUCGUGCCUUCUGCUUGCCACUGCAUUAUGCAACAACACCUCACAACCUUGUGUUACUGAAUGGUUCCCCUUUACUGGCUUGACCUAGGAGGAGACUUGCUGUAUACUGGGGGAACUUUUUUUCCCAACUCUGGUGAGAAAAAUAUAAGUCCAUAUAGGGAAGGCCAGUGACCCCAAUCACAGAACGUCACCAGACAUGUCACAGUGAUACUUGAAGGUCCAGUGAGGACUCAGCUGGUCCUGCCAGCCAGCAACCGGGGACACCUACCAGUGUGGACAGAGAGAUCCAACUCUACAAGGUUGUCCUCUGACCGUACAUGGACUGCCUUCCCAUGCACACAUACAAUAACAGUGCAGUUUUUACAGUUGUUUUAGAAAAGUAACUUGAAGACACAUAAAAAAAAAUCUAAAGCAAUUAAAUGGAAGAAAAAUCUUUAAAAGCAGCUGAAGGGAAUGGUGACAUGUAGAGUCUGUGAACUUCCUACAGCUGCCAAGAGAAGCCAUCACACUGGUCAGGAAAGUGGAUCUCACCUCAACCAGACCCGAGACAGCUAGUCAGGCCCAGUGCUGCGAGCCUGCUCCCUUCUGACCGCUGGAAGCCGGCUGGGCUUGCUUCUCCCUCGUGGUCUUCCUGCAGCUUGUGGUAAUGCACUUCAGGCUUUGCAUCAUGUCUGUCGUCACUGCGGAUGUCUGUCUGUCUACCUACAUUUCCAUUUUAUCAGGACAUGUCUGAUCAAGGUCCCCCCUUACUCAAGCAUGACCUCAUGUUGACUGACACAUGUAAAAGCCUUACUCCAUAAGGUCACUUUGAAAGUAUUAGAGACUGGGGGGACAUUAUGGGUACCCUAAAACUUACCCCAUGUUUACCAGAUUAAAAUAACAGUAGAUA